GGAGCGGGGAAUGGAGAGGCUGCGGAGGCUGUGCAGGGGCCGCACGAUGACCUUCGGGGUGCCCCUGCUGCUCUAUCUCAUUGGAGGAUCUUUUGGACUCCGUGAAUUUGCUCAGAUAAGAUACGAUGUUCACAAACUACAUGGCAAGGUUGAUCCAGCUUUGAAAGAAAAAUUAAAACCGAACACUGUGACACUGGAAUCUGAAUAUGAGAAGCUGGAAAAAUCUAACCUGGAUAACUGGGAGAACAUCAGAGGACCCAGUCUGUGGGAGGAUUCCAGGACAGUUCAGAAACAACGGCGGGAGGCUCUUCGUCUCAAGACAGAGUGACUGAGCAAGCCAUCUCUGGUGCCUCUGGAAAAAAAAAUGUCUCAGGCUGGACUGUCUUAAUCUUUAAUCCAGUGUCGGGAACAGACAUGGGAGCAUUUGCACUGAACAAUUCAGCUGGUGUAUAUAUAAGUAACUGUGAGAUCAGUCCAAAAGGCACUGUAUUAUAUGAUGCUCGUUGUUUGCAUCCAAUUUGUGUAGUGUACCACAGGCUAUGUAUGCAAAUUUUCAAUUAAAAAAAGCUGAUUAUUGUACUGAGAAUA